UGCUUCGCGAGCAUCCAGCCUCAUGGAGCUGGUGGGGCCGAGAAGGGGCCGCGGCCGGGAGAAGCGGCCUUCCCUGGGCGGUACAGCAGUGAUUUGACAAGAAGUGAGACUCCCCCACUGUGAAUUAACUCCCACACAGGGAUAAACCUUUCCUGAUGGCCUCUCAGGGAGCACCAAAGGACUCAUUUCACUGUGUGGCAAUCAUUUUCUUCCUCCUCGGCCUGGGAACUCUCCUUCCCUGGAACUUCUUCAUCACAGCUAUUCCGUAUUUCCAGUCUCGGCUUAUUGUGGGGAACUGCUCUGCUGCUGAGGAGAAUGAGAACGGGACGGUCCUUGGCCUUGAACCCGCAUCCCACUGCACCGAUGACUUCAACUUCAGCAACUGGCUGGCUUUGCUGUCCCAGCUGCCUUUGCUCCUCUUCACCCUCCUCAACUCCCUCCUCUACCAAUGCAUUCCGGACAAAGUGCGUGUUCUAGGCAGCCUCUUCGGGAUCCUGUUCCUCUUCUCAUUGACGGCUGCCCUCGUCAGGCUGGAGAUGCCGGCCCAGAGCUUUUUCUCCAUCACCAUGGCGAGUGUCUGGUUCAUUAACUCCUUCUGUGCCGUCCUGCAAGGCAGCCUCUUUGGGCAGUUGGGGUCCUUCCCGCAAAGCUUCAGCACUCUCUUCCUGAGCGGUCAGGGCAUGGCAGGAACUUUUGCUGCCGUUGCUAUGUUGCUGUCCAUGGCCAGUGGUGUCGAUGCUCAGACUUCUGCUUUGAGCUAUUUCAUCAUUCCCUGCUUUGGGACACUCAUCUCGAUUAUCUGUUACUUCGUGCUGCCCCACAAGGACUUUGCCCGGCACUACCUGGAGAAGAGACACCAGGAAGUGCCAGAUUAUGAACUGGAGACUAAGGCUGGGCUUCUUACUCCAGAGGAGGAUGCUGUUAUUGUGUCUCCAGAGGAGGACACCACUGCUCUGCCACCCAGCUGCCUAGAAGAACCAUUACAUGUGAGCAAUGGAAAGAUCUUGGCUCCGGAGCAGGUAGACAUCGAGUAUUCCCCCAAAGUGAUGAACGGGAGCAAUGGGACAGGCCUGGCCCCACCGAAAGCAUCGGUGGUUGGUGUGCUCCAGAAGAUCUGGCAGUUGGCCCUGUGUAUUGUCUUGGUCUUCUCUGUCACCCUGUCUGUGUUUCCUGCCAUGACCGCCAGUGUGGCCAGCGUAUCUGAGAACAAAACCUGGAGCAAGUUCUUCACUCCGGUCUGCUGCUUCCUUCUGUUUAACGUCAUGGACUGGCUAGGCCGUAGUGCCACCUCUUAUUUCCUCUGGCCUGAGAAGAGCUUGCCCUUGCUCCCUGUUGCAGUGGGGCUCCGCCUGCUGCUCGUCCCACUCCUCCUGCUGUGCAACAUCCCUCAACGCUCUUACCUGCCUGUGCUUUUCCACCAAGACGCCUGGUUCGUUCUCUUCAUGGUGGUUUUCUCGCUUUCCAACGGCUACUUCGUCUCCCUUACCAUGUGCCUGGCGCCAAAACAGGUGAAGCCACAUGAGAGUGAGUUGGCAGGUGCCAUUAUGACUUUCUUCCUGGCCUUGGGGCUGUCGUGCGGAGCAGGGUUGUCGUUCAUUCUGAGAGCCUUGCUUUGAGGGCUGCCAUCCCGUCACAACAUGGCAUUUCUUCAUCCUGAAGGCUCUGGGAGGGGCUGGUAGCUCUCUUCGUCUCCGCCAGUUAUGCUCCAGGCUCCUGUUUACGGCAGCUAAUGUUUUUCGAGACGGGCAACUCAACAGUCUUCCAAAAAAGGGAAAUGUAUGUUUAGUGGAGGGACUUUACCCAGUCACCUUGUUAUCCCAGAGGCCUGAAUGUAUUUUCUGACAGAGCCCUGGAUUUUUCAGACAGGUGAAGGGGGGGUGAUUUUCUCAGGGAAGAAGGUGGCUGAGGCUACUCCUUUUUGUGUGAGACUGGGAGACUUUGUAAGAAAUAUCCCUAUCUGGGACUUUUGCUUUCCAGCUUAGGAAGUAUUGUUGUCUAAUGCACAAACUGCUAUGUGAAAUGCAAUGUUUAAGGAUGACUCUGAGCAGGGAAGGAGUAACGAUGUAUAUGAUAAAGUCAGUAUUAAAACAAGGGAUAGAGAUGACACUCCUUUCUUCCUAAAGACUGCCUUCUGUGGCAUCCCAAAAUCUCACCCUUCUUUUUUGUUUGUUUCUGGUUUUGUUUCUGAGCCUUUGUAUAGUUAUAAACUCUUUGAUUAUAACCACAGGUCUAGAAACUUAACCUGCUUGAAUGAAAGCAAAUUGUCUUCAAGACAAGGGAAAUUAUAUGGCAGCUUUUUCCAGUUGCAGACAAAUGAAUGAGCAAUGAAGUGCCCUUGGGCUCCUAAUAUAACUUUCCUCAUUGAGGCUUGAACUGGUGGAAGUCAUAAGCUGUAGGAUAUAUUCAGGGUUUAUUUAGAUGGUGAGAGUGAAGUCUUGGCUCAAAAAGAGGUCUAGAAUUGGCAAGAGAUAGCAUCUUGCUUUAAAGUAUAAAUAUCAAGUUAUGGUGUCCCAUAAAAGGUUCAUAACAUAGAAACAUGCUGUGCCUGUUUUGGUUUCUCCAGAGGGGUAGCCAUGUCAGUCUGUUGUAGCAGAAUAAGACUGGAGUCCCGUGACUAACAAAUUUUAUUCCAGAGUGAGCUUUUGAGUGUUGAAGUAUCUGAAGUGAGCUCUGAUGCAUGAAAGCUCACCUGGAGUAAAAGUUAGCCUUCUAAGGUGUUUAGAAGUUAGCCUUCUGUUAGCCUUCUGUUUUGUUUUGAUUUAGACAGGGGCUCGGUAACUAGUGGCCCAGACCAUAAUAUUUUUCAGUACCUGCUUUUGAUUUAUUACUUCUUAUAGCCAUGUCUCUGCCCCCCACCCUUGUUCUCUGGGAAGAACUAUGAAAGCUCUUUUGUUAACAUGAAGCUACACAACAAUGUGAAUAGGUUUUAAAUCAGUUCGUGCAGAGCACUGAAUGAACAGGCUGGCUUUGGAAAGAUGCAGGCAUCGGAGUUCCCUUAUAUGGAAUCAGAAUGGCCCAUCUGUCUCUUGCCCUUUUGACUUGGACUGGCAGCAGCUGAUCAGAGUCCCAACUGUGCAGUCUGAAAUUCUUUUAAUUGGAGGCUGAACUUGAGGCUUUCUGUUUGCAAAGUAGGUCAAGUGGUCUGUAACUUGGCUCACAGACCUUUCCAAGUCUGCAGCUAUAAUAGAAGAGGCCAGAUCCAUGAAAGGACAAACCCCUGGUUUCAUUGGGUUACUGAGGCCAUGUCUGAUAUGGGUGGCAGCUCCAGGUUGGGAAAUUCCAGGAGAUUUUCAGGGUGGAGCCUGGGCAGUGGAGGGACCUCAGCAGGCUAUAAUACCAUACAGUUCAUCCUCCAAAGCAGCCAUUUUCUCUAGGGGAUCUGAUCUCUGUGGCCUGGAGACCAGUAGUAAUUCUGGGAGAUCUCCAGCCACCACUGGAGGAUGGCAACCCUAGGUAGCAGGCAAUGCUUAGUCUGAUACUGUAUUCUGCCCUGACCUGGAUGUCUGAGGCUAUCAUGAUCUCAUUAAGAGUUUGGCUGCUAAGCAGAGUCAGCCCUGAUUAGUACUUCGAUGGGAGACCACCAAGGAAAACCAGGGUUGCUACACAGAGGAAGGCAAUAGCAAACCACCUCUGAAUGUCUCUUAAAAAAGCCGUAUUUGCCACUUUAAAUGACCUGGCCCUUGAGCAGCUGGCUGCAGAAGUGUGUAGUCUCUCUGAUAUAAAAUGAUCCCUGUUUUAGACAAAAGCUGUAGGAGCUGCUUAAGAUGCUGUCCUGAGCAUCCUUUUGUGAGAGCAAAUCCCACUGAAAUAAGGGCCUGUCCACACAUUGUGUGACAACAAACCCAGGUCUGCGACUGAAUCUCAAGGACCUAA